AUGUCCAACUCCCCCGAUGGUAUCUACGAAAAAGGCAUUGUCGACCCCGGACUGCCUGUCCUCAACUCGACCAAACCAUUCUGGCUCAGUGAGCCCUCCAAGAUCUCAAAGCUCCAGUCACCAUGGACUGAUGAGGCUGAUUUCGUGAUCAUUGGGUCUGGAAUGAGUGCUGCGAGUCUUGCCCGGUCGCUGUACGCCAAACGACCAGGACUCAGUGUUGUACUGGUCGAAGCCCGAGAUCUCUGCUCUGGCGCAACAGGACGUAAUGGAGGCCACUGCAAGGCCCAGAGUCCUGGCGACUGGCAUGCACGCAGGAGUAAAUACGGCGUGGAUGAGGCUGUCAAGAUCAUGGAGUUUGAGCACCGCCAUGUGCGUGAAACCAUCGCUGCGGUUGCUGAGCACCGCAUUGAGUGUGACCUUCAUGUUCUAGAAGGGUUGGAUGCUUAUUAUGACCCUAAAGUCUUCCAACAUGCCGUUUCAGCUGUGAUGGAGAUGCGAACGGUCGCUCCACAGCUUGGUGCACUAUACACCAUCUACACCUCUCGCAAGGACUUGGAUAAACGCAACUGCUCGAAGCAAGUACUGGGUGCUAUUGGAAUGAGAGCUGCCUCUCUCUGGCCGUAUAAGUUUGUGACCGGCCUGCUGGCAAAGCUGGUCGAGCAGGGACUGCGUAUCCAGACCAACACCGCCGUCACCAGCAUCACCGACCGCGACAUCGACCCUUUUGCAACGGUCAACACGACCCGUGGUGUAAUCAAGGCGAAGGCUGUCGUCCAUGCGACAAACGGCUGGGUUGGCCACUUGAUCCCUGAACUGCGGCCUUAUGUCUCGCCCGUGCGUGCAAAUGUCCAACGCCGUCUACCUUCGCCCAUACAGCCCCGAACAAACAACUCGUGGUGGCUACGAUACGGCGAGAAGGACUACGACUAUAUGAUGCAGCGUCCAGAUGGGUCCUUUAUUAUCGGUCGCUCGAAUACCGGACGCCGUGCCACUGCAGACGACAGCCAGGUGGAUUUCCUCCCACACACGCACCUCCGCGGCGCCACCCCUUUAGUGCAUGAUUUUGGAACCAAGGAUAUUGAGACAACCCAUGCAUGGAGCGGCCCAGUUGCCUUCUCGCAUGAUGGGAAUCAGUUUGUUGGGAAGCUGCCUUUCCCUGGUCGCAGUCAUCAAUGGGUCUCUGCGGCCUUCCAGGGUAUUGGCAUGGUAAGAGCAUUCCUGUCGGCGCAGCUGCUUGCUCAUCUUAUUCUGGAUGAGCGGAUUCCUGAUUACUAUCCUCUGUCUUUACUCAUUACUGAGGAGCGGUUGAGUACCUUGCCUCAGCCAACCAGCAAGCUAUAG